UAAGUCCACAUGUAUGCAGGGAACAUAAACCUAUUUCGGCAGCAAGUGGAAAAGGUGGGUCUAAAACCUUGGGUCAAGACUACUUACCUUCACCUAAUCCGCAAGAGAGAGAGGAGCCCACAAGAAGCAGGCACGGAAACCAGGAGCACGCAAGAAACAGAUGGCUCAUGGCUGGGACGGUGCCCUUGGUUUUUCUCUCCACUGGCACGGAAGAACCAGUGGGCACACCGCAGACACACUCUGCUCCUCCACAGCUAUAAGUACUUGACCAAACUGACCUGCCGAUCCCAUCACUUCGCGAUCCCCUUUCAUCCAUACAAGCAUCAACAAAUCCAAAGGAACAGCCUUUCCUGACUUCCCGACGUCCGAUCCGAUUGCUUCUUCUUGCUGCUGUUGCGUGAUCAGAGGAAGAUCGAUCCAUCCAAGUAAAGAGAGAGAUCAUGGAGAGGGUGAGCUCGUCGGUGCAGUCCUGGGUGGAGGAGCACAAGCUCACAACCAUCGGAGCUGUGUGGGCGACGGCGGUGGGCGCGUCGGUGGCGUACAGCCGGAAGAGGGCGCCGCAGAGGACGACGAGCCUGCGCCUGAUCCACGCCAGGAUGCACGCCCAGGCGCUCACGCUCGCCGUCCUCGGAGGAGCUGCGUUGAUGCACUACUACAACAACAGCAGCAAGAAAGAUUAUUUGGACCACGAUUUCUACUCGCAGCUGCCGGCAUCAACCUCCGCCGACGGCCAGGAGAACGAACGAUGGAGCUGAAAAACAAAAGGAGAGGAAAAAUCAAUAAAUUAGUUGCAUCAUUGGGGAUGCAUGACGUGGCGGAUUUAUCCUAAUCCAUCUAGCUAAGACGAGCUACUUUUGUAUUAUCCAUCGAUCGGGCGCACCUGGUAGCAUAGGAGGAGAGUAGGCGCCCCUGUUUUCCUGUUUCCCAGGAGUCGAGUGGAGUGGAGUACAAUUCCAGAUCGAAGCAAAAUGUCAGCAUUGCCUGUCUUCAUCGAAGCAGGCAAUUUCUGUAGAGUGCUUCCACGGGCAGUAUUUUUCUUAGAAAAAAGAAUGCUUUUAUUUCGGUCCCCGCAUAAGGGAUGUACUCAACCAUCUAUUACUAUGAAUUAUUAUUAUAAAGUCUA